ACAAACAGCAGCGCUGUGCGAUAACGACUUUUACCCAUCCGCAUCCAACAUCAACUGGGAGCACACGGACGACGUCAAGACCGUUCGUUUUUAUCACAUAAAUGAUUCUAUGGAUUACUAAUACCUUUCCGACGAAAAACAGAAGUAUUUCUCAACUUGACGGCAUUGCCCACGAUUCGUCACACUGGUUACCCAGAGGACACAUUGGCAGAUGAAGACUCUGGAGGAGCCCCCCUACUUGACAGUAGGGACAGAUGUGAGUGCCAAGUACCGCGGGGCUUUCUGUGAGGCCAAGAUUAAGACUGCCAAGAGGCUAGUCAAGGCCAAGGUGACCUUUAGACCAGAUCUGUCAACAGCUGAGGUCCAUGAUGAACAUAUCAAAGGACCUUUAAAGGUGGGUGCUGUGGUAGAGGUGAAGAAUCAGGAUGGAGUUUAUCAGGAGGCCACCAUCAACAAGCUGACUGAUGCUAGCAUUUAUACUGUCGUGUUUGACGAUGGCGAUGAGAAGACCCUGAGACGUUCCUCUCUCUGCCUGAAAGGAGCGCGUCACUUUGCAGAAAGCGAGACACUUGACAGACUCCCUCUCACCAACCCUGAGCACUUUGGCACACCUGUCAUUGGAAAGAAGGGGAACCGCGGGCGACGAUCGAACCCAGUCCAAGAAGAAGAGUUGUCAUCAUCGUCCAGUGAAGAAGAGGACAGCGAUCAACGGCCAAAUGAAGACAUGUUUGGUAAAGUGGUCUGUGUGGAGGGGGUUGCCACCGGAGACAAAAAGAAGACCACAUGGUAUCCAGCUCUGGUCAUUUCCCCUGACUGUCAUGAAGACGUGACUAUAAAGAAGGACAAUAUCUUCGUCCGCUCGUUCAAAGAUGGAAAGUUUCACAUGGUGCUGAAGAAGGACAUCCGUGAGAUCAACAGCGACUGUCCACCAAAAGCAGAUGCAGGGCUCAAACCAGCGCUGGACGCAGCCUUUGAGUUCCACAAUCAGCUGCUUGUGCCUAGCACCUGGAAAACAGAAGUGAAAGAGGAAAGUUCAAGCAGUGAGGACGAUGAAGAUGAUGAAGAGGAAGAGCAAGAGCAGGAUGCCAAUGGCGAAGAAGAAGAGGAGGAAGUGGAACCGUUCCCUGAGGAAAGGGAGAAUUUUUUACAGCAGCUCUACAAGUUCAUGGAGGACCGAGGGACGCCCAUCAACAAGCGGCCUGUUCUUGGCUACAGGAACCUGAACUUGUUCAAGCUCUACAGGCUGGUGCACAAACAGGGAGGCUUUGACAAUAUUGAAAGUGGCGCCAUUUGGAAGCAAAUCUAUCAAAACCUGGGCAUCCCUGUGCUUAACUCGGCCGCUGGCUACAAUGUCAAAUGUGCUUACCGCAAGUACUUGUAUGGAUUUGAGGAAUACUGCACUUCCACGGCCAUCUCCUUCAGGAUGGACCUCCCUUUUAAGGCGCCUCCCAAAGUGGAGGUUAAGUCUGAGGUGGAGGUAGUAGAAGCAGCUCCAUCAUCCUCCAGUUCAGAAGAGCAUAAACACCAGGAGGAUGCUGAACCCUGCAGUGCAGUCUCAGUGGUCUGCAAGGAGGAGACACCUGAUUUGGCACAGAAGAGUCAAAUGGAGUCAGAGCCAUCAGAACCAUCCGAGACAGAGGAGAAGGAUGAUGCAAACGAUGACAGCGAUGAAGAGAGCACAGGGCACAGGAGAGAUGCAGACGAGGGCUCAUCCAAAGCUCACCUCCCGGCUGAGGACCUGAAAGAAGAGCACAGCGAGGAGCAGGAGAGCAAGGACAACUCUGGGGAUGACAGCAGUCAGGAGGGGGAGGAGGGGGAGGAGUUUGAGUGUUACCCCCCGGGGAUGAAGGUGCAGGUGAGGUAUGGGCGAGGCCGCAAUCUGAAGACGUACGAGGCCACUGUGAAAGAGGCAGACGUGGAGGGGGGAGAGGUGCUCUACCUGGUGCACUACUGUGGCUGGAACGUCAGAUAUGAUGAAUGGAUCAAAGCAGACAAGAUUGUCAAGCCUGCCAAUAAGAAUGUACCAAAAGUAAAGCAUCGCAAAAAAAUAAAGAACAAAGCUGAGCGGGAGCGAGACAGGUUGGAGCAGCUCAAUGACAGAGAGGUCCUCGGCCCCGUGUCCAACACUAACCGUGUCCAUCGCUCUAAGUGUGGCCUGAGUCAGGAUGUCUUCUCCAGGAUGGACGAGGGUGAGGACAAAGGGACUCCCGUGAAGUCUAUAGAAAUUACAUCCAUCCUCAAUGGUCUGCAAGCCUCUGAAAUGUCCACAGAUGAAAGUGAACAUGAGGAUGAAGAGGGAGAGCACAAUGAGCCAGACCACCCAGGCAGCAGGGGCAACACCAAGAAAUCUCCACUGGAGUCGACACAAACAUCAGAAACCUGGGAGAACAGAGCUCCGCCUGAAGGUUCCAAAUCUCCAUCGGUCUCAGGAAUCAACCAAGACGUCGUUGGUGCCGAAAGCACAGAUGCUGGAAAGCGCCGGAAUCAGCCUGAGUUAGACGUAGAGGUCAGCACUAGGAAGAGGAAAUCUGACAGUGCAGCAGAAAGGAACCUGAAAGGACAAUGUAAAGCUAAGACAAGGAACACCAGGAGUGCUGACUGGUUGCCUGGAGGCUCUCCAAAGAAGAUGGAGGAGAGAGUGUCAGUUCCUGGUGGGGAGAGAAGACCCUCAUCUAACAGCAGUUCAGACUCUGAGGGAACAGCACCAGUGGCAUCCCAGUCUGAGGAGACACAACGAAGCCUCCCAAAAACCAAAGUUUCCCCUUCUAAGAAAUACAAUGGGAUUAAGGAGAAGUCCAAAGGUAGCAGACAAGCAGCAUUCUGGGAGGUUCCAGAAAAGAGAGCCAAAACAUCUGGGAAUCCUGAGGAAAGAGCCGCAGUCCGAUCUAAAGGCCAGAAGGACGUGUGGUCCAGCAUCCAGGCACAGUGGCCGAAGAAGACUCUGAAGGAGUUGUUCUCUGACUCAGACACUGAGGCAGCCAAUUCUCCUCCUCCGCCUGUGCCUUCAUGCUUGGAGGAGCAGGAUAUUCAACAGGAUGCUGGAGCUGAAGAUGAAGCCUCAGAGCAGAUGGACAAUGACAAACUACAGGAGUUCCCAAGCAGUGGCAGUAACUCGGUACUCAACACACCCCCGACGACCCCAGAGUCGCCCUCUGGAGGAGGCAGUGCUUUGGAAGAUUCUGUUCAAGCACAGGCCUCAUCUCCACAGCCGUCUACACCCCCUGUUCUCCCCUCUGAGACUGUUCCAGAUUCUCUUCCUCCAGCACCCGGACAGGAGGAAGUGGCAGGUGGGCGCAGUGAGACGGACAGCAGCACGGUGGAGGUAGAGAGUCUGGGUGGGGAGCUGCAGGACCUCCCUCAGGAAGAAGGGGCGGGUUUCCCCUCUAAGGUGUUCGAGGUCAACCUCUCCUGCAACAACAGCAGCAGUAGCUGCAGCCUGGAGCUGAGCAGUAACUGCCAACAGGAAAAUGAGCAGAAAUCCAAAGCAUCUGUGAGUCAGAAACGGCAAAAAGAGCCCCAGACAGGUGGAGCCUCAAAGAAACAUAAGCCAAACCGCAAGAGCCUAGGUGUGCCUCCAAAAAAGAACAGGAAAACAGCCAACAGCAGUGACAGUGAGGACCAGUCUGUUGCAGAGGGCACUGCCAAAUCAACUGCCUCAAAGAACAACACAUCAGAAGUUAAGGCUGCCACUUCACCCAAGUGUCAUGGUCGUUCUCCACCCUCGAGCCAUAAGUACCACAAGCAGGGUGACACCGAUCACAACCAGCACAGAGAGAACCACGGAAGGUCGCCACGUGUUUACAAAUGGAGUUUCCCGACGUCUGAGCUGGAGAAGAUGAGCAGUCUGGAGAGGAUUUCAUUUCUUCAAGAGAAGCUACAAGACAUCAGGAACCACUACCUCUCCCUCAAGUCUGAGGUGGCGUCUAUCGACAGGCGACGAAAGCGCAUGAAGAAAAAGGAACAAGAAAGCACAGUGGCAGCUUCCUCUUCGUCCUCCUCCUCUCCCUCCUCCAGUUCACUGACUGCAGCUGUCAUGCUGACACUUGCCGACCCACCGGUCUCCUCCUCGUCCUCUUCCUCCUCUCAGAACUCUGGGGUUUCAGUGGAGUGCAGGUGACAGGACCAAUCAGCAAAAAGCCACUGCACCUUGCACUUAACCAGCACCCUGGGCUGUCUGCCCCCUUACCCUUCCGACAGGAUGGACAUUUGAACCUACAUACUGUAACUUCUGGGGUACAAAAUCCAGACCAGUGACAAAAAACAAGAAACAAGCACUAUUUUCUAUUGACAACUGUUUCCUCGGCAAGCUAAUGGCACUUAAGUGCACUUUUAUGAAGAUUGUGUAGUGAGGAGGGUGUGCUGGAAUUUGUCAAAAAAGAAUCUCCAAAAUUGUCUUUUGAGUGCUUCGUAAUUGAACAUUUUUAAGAGUUAUUUUUGUGAGCAAUAAUUGUUUCUAGUUUGGGACGCUGUGUUGGUAAGGGGGGGGUUUCCCCUCUGUAUUUUGCUCCACCAUGAUACGCCUGUGAUUGGGACUUUAGAGGUGCACUGCCACAUUGGCAUAAAGGGUGUAUAAACUGUUUCUCUGACAUUUGUCCCCUGUUCACCCACAUUCAAAGGCCUUUAAUUGGUAAAUUCUCUAGUGAUGCCCUCCUUAAAUACAGGCACACCAUUGUGUGCUUUUUAUGGGUUUCGAAUCAUCAUCAGUCCAGUGACUGCAGUGAAUAUGUCUGUGAAUAUGGGACGAAACUGUAGUGCCUUUUUGUGCUUAUCCAUGGGGCACAUUGAGAAAAGACAGCACCCCCUAUCUCCUCCCCCGACGACUCUUCUAAAAUAAGAGGGUCAACUAAAAUAAUGUGUCCCCCAGAGAAGGAGUGAAUCACAUUUUACAUGUGAGUGCGUUGGCAGUGAAGGGCUGAGUCUGGUAGGGUUUUUUAUCACUGUAUGGUUAUAUUUCAGAAGGUUUAGUGGUAAGAUGUGCAUUGGUGGAGUCAGUGAACACAUCAGUGGCAUUAAUUCAGUGCAUCGGCCUUUUAAAAGCCCAUCUGCUUUAUUUUAUGUUUCCAUCACCCGUACUAUCCCUGCGUUUCAAUCAUCCUCACCCAAGAUUCGAUGGUGCACAUCUGUAACUGGAUCAUUUAAACUUGAGUUGCAGAUGGAAAUAUUUACUGCAUGAACUCCAUGCACAUCGUCAGUGUUUCACAGCACAUGAAGUUAUUUAAGAACACUUUUCUAGCCUCAUAAAAUAACAUGCAGCAUCUCCUUCUAAUUUCACUCCUGAUCAGUAACGAACCUUCCUCUCGUAUCCAUCCCUACCAAAUAAGCUUCAUUCAGCUCGCCAGUACUUUGACCACAUUAAAGGUAAAUAUGUAGUAAACGUGCAUUUAUAUCACAAAGUGACAUAUAUGUAUAUGUUUCUGAAGACAUCUCCGGUGUUUCCCUUGUACAGACCCCGCCUACUGUAUGAUAACCAGAAGUUGUGUUUCGUUUAGCACUUGUAUGUAAUUGUAUGCUUUUGUUAUACUACAUUUGUAUAUUGAGAAGUGUUUUGAGUCGAGCUAUUUAAUAUCUUGCACUGUAAUAAUAUGUACCUUUCUGUACAGACAGUUUUACAGUUUUAACUGUAGUUUGUGUGUAAAUACUGAGGGUCACAGCAUGUUCGUUCUCCUUCGUCCCCAUCCUUUCUUUUCUAGUACCGAACAGAUUUAUUCUACCUUGUUUUCCGUUCUGUCUUUUUCCGUCAGGUUCAUAGCGUCAUUUCUGUCUUCUGUUUUUCUCGUGUCAUGAUUAGUUUUCUUUUCAGUUCUCUUAUUUUCCUAUAGCUCUUGCUUGUACGUGAAGAUUGGCGGUUUAGGUGCGGCUGAACUAUUUUCUGAUCUAUACACGGCCUGAAGCUACAGCUGUAAGAAUCUGUACAUGUACAAAGGUCAGGAUCACAGAUAAAGAGAAACUAAUGGAGCUUAUUGAAAAAAAUCUCAAUAGUAUUUAUUAGGCUCAUCUUAUGAUGGUCAUUGUGUAAUUUAUUGUAAAAAUGUAAGCAAAGCAGAAGCCUCUGUUUGAAAUAAAUGCCAUAGUUUGUGAAGUA